GUGAUUGAGAACGAGAACGCGGACUUUGCGUUCAUCCACGAUUCGUCGGAGAUAAAGUACGAGGUGACGCUCAACUGCAACCUCACCGAGGUAGGCGAGGUCUUUGCCGAGCAGCCGUACGCGAUCGCCGUGCAGCAGGGCAGCCACUUGCAGGAGGAGAUCAGCCGAAGGAUCCUCGAUCUUCAGAAGGAUCGGUACUUCGAGACGCUCAGCUCCAAGUACUGGAACCAGUCGCGCAAGGGCACGUGCUCGAAUACCGACGACAACGAGGGCAUCACCUUGCAGAGCUUAGGCGGAGUAUUCAUAGCGACGCUGGUGGGUCUGCUCCUGGCCAUGUUAACGCUGGCCGGGGAGGUGUUCUACUACCGGCGACGGAACGCCAAGCUGGAGCCGCAGGAGCAUAUGAGGUCGCGCGAAAAGUUCAAGGGAUCGAUAACGGAAAGUGAUCAGAUGAUGAUACAAAAGUUGGCCUCGAGGCUGCAACUCAAGCCCGCGCCGACUUUCGCCUUCGACGGCAAAUCCCUGGGAUCCAAACAGCCCAAGAUAUCGCACAUAUCCGUCUAUCCCAGAGAUCCGUUUCCCUUCAAGGAUUGAUUGGGUGUUGAACACGCAUAUACCGCACAAUAUUCAGCCACUGUUGCCUAUAUAACAUGACGUUGCCUUUUUCUUUGUUGUUGUUGUUGCUGCCAUCAUUUUAUAAUUCUACAUAUAAGCACUAUCAUUUCUUUUUUUUUUCUUUUUUUUUUGUACGCAAGGGGAUAUUGACAUACAUACAUACAUACA